UUCGUGUGUCCCCGCUGAAGUGCUACGUAACAAUAAAGUGCCUGGUCCAAUUCCGAACGGGAAAGUAAAGCAAAAUUGCCUGCUUGCGAUUACAUACUGAGCGAGUUUGACCGUUUGUGGCGGUUGUGUGGGGGCUGAUCGAGCGGCCGCCGGCGUUCGGAUGCAAAUUCACAUCUCACUAAGCACUGACUUCAACUUGCACUGGCUUGCUCGUCACCACCGCUGAUUCGCCGGGCUCAUUAUCUGCUACUCGGGCACUCGUUCUUUGAUCUCUAAGCCUCUAAAUACAAGCCCCUCAGAUAUCGUGGGGCUGCAGAGAGGAACACCUGCAAAGCAAUUCUCAUAGAUUUAUUGUUUUGCAGCUUUGGCCCUCUCUUCCGCACUUUCGUCUCUUCUAAGCUACAGGGCAUCUCGCCCUUUGCCUCUAUAAUAUCCCCUAGAUAUAAUAUAAAUAUCGACCGCAAUGGCCACUCUCGCAGACACCUUGUCACGAACCCUGUCCUCCCUUGUUCCCACCUCUAAACCGCGACUCGAGUUGAAUCCAAAUUUAUUCCCGGAUGAACCACUUCAAGACUCGCUAUCGCCAGAUUCGAAAUGCGAGCUACGGGUCGAAGGAAUGACAUGUGGUGCAUGUGUGGAGUCUAUUGAGAGCAUGCUUCGAAAACAAGACGGGAUAGUCUCUGUUCGAGUCGCCUUGCUUGCGGAGCGCGCUGUGGUGCAAUAUGAUCCUGCCAAGUGGACGGUGGAGAAGAUUAUGGGCGAGAUUUCCGACAUUGGUUUUGAACCUUCAGCUGUUCCCAACUCAAGUAAAGAAAGUGCUACCCUACGCGUAUACGGCAUGACAUGCGCUAAUUGCGUCUCAACUAUCGAGAGAGAAAUUUCCCUCCUUCCAGGCAUCAUUUCCAUCUCAUGCAAAGUCGAGUUCGACCGCGGUAUUAUUGGUCCUCGUGAUGUUAUAUACCGAAUAGAGGAACUAGGAUACGAUGCGGUUCUAGCUGUUGAUGAGGACGAUAACACUCAAAUCCUGAGUCUGAUGAAGACGAAGGAGAUCCAGGCAUGGCAACGUCGUUUCUAUCUUAGUGCAACCUUCGCAGUCCCAGUUUUUCUUCUCUCUAUGGUCAUCCCCAUGAUUAGCUUCUUGCGGCCCCUGUCCCGCGUCCGUCUCUUUCGUGGCAUAUACCUCUUCGACGUCUUAUGCUUCUUCCUCACUAUACCUGUUCAAUUUGGGGUGGGAGCAAAAUUUUUUCGAGCAGCUUACAAAUCGGUCCGACAUGGGUCAGCUACCAUGGAUGUAUUAGUCAUCACCGGCACGAUGGCAGCUUUCACAUACUCGACGAUCAACCUCUUCGUUGCGCCAUUCAACGCGGACCCUGACUAUCGGCCUGCAACAUUUUUCGAUACCUCGACAAUGUUGAUUACGUUCGUAUCACUCGGUCGAUAUAUGGAAAAUAUGGCCAAAGGCAAGACUUCGGCGGCGUUGACAGAUUUGAUGAAGCUUACCCCUUCUAUGGCGACCAUUUACACCGAUUUGGAGUGUACACAAGAGAAAAGGAUAGGUACAGAGUUGGUACAAGUCGGUGACGUACUCAAGAUCGUUCCUGGCAAUAAAAUUCCUGCGGAUGGAAAUGUCGUGAAAGGGUCUUCGUCUGUAGACGAAAGCGCAGUUACGGGAGAGCCUAUUCCAGUAAUGAAGCAAGUUGGCGAUGUUGUCAUCGGCGGAACUGUGAAUGGGCUUGGUGCCUUCGACAUGAGGGUCACCCGUGCUGGGAAGGACACAGCCUUAUCACAAAUAGUCAAAUUGGUGGAGGAAGCCCAGACGUCAAAGGCACCCAUCCAGGCGUUUGCGGAUCGAGCAGCAGGAUACUUUGUACCGGUUAUCCUCUUCGUAGCCUUGAUCACCUUCGCGGUUUGGAUGGUUCUGUCACAUUUCGUUGACACCGAAAAACUCCCUGCCGUAUUUAGCCAUUCUGGCUCGAGCAAAUUCGCUGUUUGCCUCAAGCUUUGCAUUUCGGUCGUUGUGGUUGCGUGCCCAUGCGCGUUAGGCUUGAGCACCCCUACAGCUAUCAUGGUAGGGACCAGUGUUGGGGCGAGGCACGGCAUUCUGAUUAAAGGCGGACGACCGCUCGAGGCGAGCCGUUUCGUCCGGAAAAUUGUUCUGGAUAAAACGGGUACGAUUACGAAUGGCAAGCCGGACGUGGUCUCAGUGGCUUGGGCGGAUGACACGUCUUCAUUGAAGCCAGAAUUGCCAACUAUGCGUACAAGUGUUGAUUUGUUCGCCUCGUCGGCACACAGCCAAGUCAUGAGAGCUGGCGUGUGGGCGUUGGUCUCGGCUGUAGAAGCACGUUCGGAGCAUCCGCUUGCGCUGGCCAUAACUGCUCAUGGCAAGGAGGCUCUGCGAUCCCUGGGACCUUCUGCACCUACUGGCACGGUCAGUUCGUUUGAAAGCGUCACGGGAGAAGGGGUAGAAGCAGUGGUAGAGCUAUCAUCUUCCCCUAACCCCACCUUCAAGGUCUAUAUCGGGACAAGCAAUUUUGUGAUGCAAUCUGGUGGCCGUGGCUCUCUUCCACACGACCUGGAGUUGUUCCAAACUCACGAAAACAGCAAGGGGCGUACAGUCAAUCUGAAGGUAUCCCCAGUCGCUGUUCUCGCUAUCUCGCUCUCCGACACCGCCAAACCAUCUUCCAAAAUGGCAAUAAAGAGCUUGAAAGAAAUGGGGAUUGACAUUUACAUGAUAACCGGGGAUUCGGAAGAAACUGCUCAAACUAUCGCUCGGGAGGUUGGGAUAUCAAACUCCAAUGGAAAGGCAAAGAUUAUCCAAGGUUUGGUUGACAUGAAAGAGGGUGGUGUUGCGAUGGUGGGUGAUGGUAUCAACGACUCGCCAGCGCUGGUCGCUGCCGAUGUAGGCAUUGCACUCUCGAGUGGCACGUCCGUGGCUAUCGAGGCAGCGGAUAUUGUUCUCAUGCGAUCUGAUCUUCUCGACGUCGUCGCCGCCUUCGACCUAUCCAUAUCCAUCUUCCGAGUCAUUCGCCGAAAUCUUGUCUGGGCAUGCGGAUAUAACAUUCUGGGGAUACCGCUGGCUAUGGGAGUAUUCCUCCCUUGGGGUUGGCAUUUACAUCCCAUGACGGCUGCAGCUGCUAUGGCGUUCUCUAGCGUUAGCGUGGUGACGAGCAGUCUUACCUUGAGGUGGUGGAGACGACCUCAGAACAGUGUAAUGCCCGGCACCUUCGUCCCUGGCGAGACAAUGAUGGACAGUGCGCGUGAAGCCUUGGCAAGGGGCUGGAAUCAUGUGUGCCAGUUGUUGCCCGGCGGAAGGCGCACGGAAGGUUAUGACCAGGUUCCAAUGGAGGUUGUUUAGAGUCAGCUGUCGACUCGGGGGUGGUAUCCAUAUUGGAUUUAUAUUGCGUUUGCUCCAUCUUCGUCAGGUAUUUUUUUGGACCUUCUGAUUUGUACUUUAGCUUAUAUAGUCGUCAAUCUAACAUUCAAGUUGAAUAGACAAAUAGACA